UUUCAACCCACAACUCCUAAGAAAUUAAAAGUCUUGUCCUCUCUUGCUUUCCAUCUCUAACCAAACAAUGGCAACCCAAAUCACAAAUGAAGAGAAGCAUUUGAAGGUAGAAAUCCUAAACAAGACACAUGUCAAGCCUCAAAAGUCACUAGGGAAAAAAGAGUGUCAACUUGUGACAUUUGAUCUUCCCUACAUAGCCUUCUACUACAAUCAAAAACUGUUGAUUUACAAAGGUGGGGUGGAUAAGUUUGAGGACACUGUGGAGAAAUUGAAAGAUGGGUUAAGGGUAGUUUUGGAAGAUUUUCAUCAGUUGGCGGGAAAGCUUGAUAAAGAUGAAGAUGGGGUUUUUAAGGUGGUGUAUGAUGAUGAUAUGGAGGGGGUGGAGGUGGUGUCUGCAACUGCAGAAAGCAUUGAGACUGCAGAUUUGAUGGAUGAAGAUGGCACCAUUAAGCUUAAAGAAUUGAUGCCUUAUAAUGGUGUUUUGAACAUAGAGGGACUUCAUCGUCCACUUUUAUCGAUCCAGAUAACAAAGCUGAAAGAUGGACUUGCAUUGGGCUGUACGUUCAAUCAUGCGAUCUUAGAUGGCACAUCCACGUGGCACUUCAUGAGCUCAUGGGCCGAAAUCUGCAACGGAUCUAAAUCCAUAUCCGUUCAGCCUUUCCUUGACCGAACUCAAGCCCGAAACACGCGCGUGAAACUAGACCUCACACCUCCGGCCCAACAAAACGGCGAUGCAAAGCCGGCAGCGGCGCCACCGUUGAGGGAGAAGAUCUUCAGGUUUUCGGAAUCCGCAAUCGAUAAAAUCAAAGCGAAGGUAAACGCCAACCCACCGGAGGGAUCCACCAAGCCAUUCUCCACCUUCCAAUCACUCUCCACACAUAUAUGGCACGCAGUCACACGCGCUCGCCAACUCAAACCGGAGGACUACACCGUCUACACUGUCUUCGCCGAUUGCCGGAAACGAGUGGACCCUCCGAUGCCGGACAGCUACUUCGGUAACCUGAUACAAGCGAUCUUCACCGUGACAGCCGCUGGAUUAUUGCAGGCGAAUCCGCCUGAAUUCGCGGCGUCGAUGAUCCAAAAAGCGAUUGAUGCCCACGAUGCGAAGGCUAUUGAGGGACGGAACAAGGAAUGGGAAAGUAAUCCGGUUAUAUUUCAGUAUAAGGACGCCGGCGUGAACUGUGUCGCCGUCGGGAGUUCGCCUAGGUUUAAGGUUUACGAUGUGGAUUUCGGGUUUGGAAAACCGGAAAGCGUUCGAAGCGGGGCAAAUAACCGGUUUGAUGGUAUGGUUUAUUUGUAUCGAGGAAAGGAUGGUGGAAGGAGCAUUGAUGCAGAGAUUAGUUUGGAAGCGACUGCAAUGGAAAAUCUUGAAAAGGAUAAGGAAUUUCUAAUCCAGGAAUAAUAAUGAACAUUCAAAUUGGUGUCGGGUGAGAUUUGUCAAAAUUCCAAGAUAUUCGAUUUCAAGAAUAAAGUCAAACUUCGAAUUGAAUCGAAACCCCCAAAUUCAAAUGUUUAUUUAUUGGAUUUUAAUUUAGUUCAUAAAAUGUUUAGAUGUCAUGUUACAUGAAAAUGUUAUUACGUUCGUAUAUUUUGUUUUAUUUUUAGGUUGUUUCUGUCGUUAAUUUUGGGGAAAAUAACAUGUGUUAUGAGCUUUAUUUUAAGAGUUUUUAAUGUGUGGUUUGUAUA